AUGACGAUAUCAUACGACGAGGAAUUCUCGUCGUUGAUGUUACGAUGGCGUGGAUCGCUGUGGAAGGCCGUUCUUAAGGAUCUAAUAGCGUUCUACAUUGGUUAUUAUAUUAUUCUUGCUAUUCAGUGGUAUGUGUUGGAUGAGAAACAGAAGGAGUAUUUUACUGGAUGGAUACAUUGGUGCGAGAUUGGUUCUCAGUACAUCCCACUAUCAUUUCUUCUCGGUUUCUUCGUUUCAGUGAUUGUAGCGAGAUGGUGGGAGCAGUUCAACUGGAUUUCAUGGCCUGAUAAAAUGAUGAUGAUGGUGUCAGCAUGUUUGCCCGGCAAGGAAAAUCUUGCAAUUCGUCAAGCAAUUGCAAGAUGGUCAUCUUUGCAAGCAGCUGUUGCAUGGUCAGGAAUUUCAGUUAGGACCCUGAAAAGAUUCCCGACAGAGCGGCACAUGGUUGAAGCAAAAUUGAUGACAGAGGAAGAGUACGAUAUGUACAUGAAUCUUGAUGCACCACAUGGAAAAUGGUUUCUUCCUAUAAUGUGGAUAGUGAAUCUCAUCAAAAAGCAGUAUCAUCUCAAAAAAAUUGAUUCAAUUCAAAUGGAUAUGCUACUAAAACAGGUGUACAGCUAUCGAGACGGUUUUGCUAUGCUUUUUGUGUAUGACUGGGUGAAAAUCCCGCUUGUAUAUACGCAGGUGGUUGCCAUAGCAACGUAUGGAUAUUUCUUUAUAUGUUUGAUUGGUCGUCAACCGAAAUUAGAUCAGAAGUCUAUGGAAAAGGAAAUUACCAUUCUCUUUCCUAUUUUUACAACAUUCCAAAUGCUUUUCUACCUAGGAUGGUUGAAAGUAGGACAAUUCUUGAUGAAUCCAUUUGGAGAAGAUGAUGAUGAUUUCGAACUGAACUACGUGUUGGAUCGUAACACAUGCAUUGCUCAUAUGAUGGCAACAGAAUUGGCCGAUCAAUGCCCAGAUGUCGGUCCACCAAUGCAGAAAAUAAUCCCACAUACGAGAGCUUCAUUCAAAAUUCAGGACGUUAUUCCAAAAUCACAUCUAGCCUCUUUCAAACUGACAGAAAGAGAAAUGAAGCUUGUCAAGCCGGAAGACAUAGAGGAGAGUGAGAGACUUCUCGAAGAGAAAAAAGGCCAACGACAGCGACUUGGGGUCCUUGUGAGAGCUAUGGACGAAGCGAAAAAGGGUGUGAAGAAAAAUGGAGAUAUUGAGGAAGAACGAGAAGACUGA